CGGAGCGGAGACGGUGGGAUGGAAGGACCUGAGCGAGCUGCGGCGGCGCUGGGUGCCCAGCCUCGCGCCAAUGGCUGCAGUGGCGCGGCCCAUGGAGCGCUCCGCAAUGGCUACGUGCGCGGGCUUCCUGCGCCCGACACCCAGAUGAAUCAUAUUGUGCACAAUGGAGGGCUAUACAAAAGGCCUUUCAAUGAAGCUUUUGAAGAAACGCCGAUGCUGGUUGCUGUGCUGACCUACGUAGGCUACGGUGUGCUCACUCUCUUUGGGUAUCUGCGAGAUUUCAUGCGGCAGUGGAAGAUUGAGAAGUGUCAAAAUGCAACAGAAAGAGAAGAACAAAAGGACUUUGUCCCAUUGUACCAGGACUUUGAAAAUUUCUACAACAGAAACCUCUACAUGCGCAUUCGGGACAGCUGGAACCGUCCAAUCUGCAGUGUGCCAGGGGCCAAAGUGGACAUGAUGGAGAGAGUUUCCCAUGACUAUAACUGGACCUUCACGUACACGGGGAGAGUGAUAAAGGACAUCAUUAAUAUGGGUUCCUACAACUACCUUGGAUUUGCACAGAAGUCUGGGACUUGCCAAGAAGCAGCAGCUAAAGUUCUGUCCCAGUAUGGAGCUGGGGUGUGCAGCACUAGGCAGGAGAUGGGAAACUUGGACAAACAUGAGGAGCUGGAAAAGCUAGUUGCCAGGUUCCUAGGUGUGGAAUCUGCAAUGGCAUAUGGAAUGGGGUUUGCAACCAACUCUAUGAACAUUCCUGCUUUAGUUGGCAAGGGCUGUCUGAUUUUGAGUGAUGAACUGAAUCAUGCAUCACUAGUGCUUGGAGCAAGACUGUCAGGAGCAACUAUUCGAAUCUUUAAGCACAACAAUAUGCAAAGCCUGGAGAAGCUGCUCAAAGAUGCUAUUGUGCAUGGGCAACCUCGUACACGGAGGCCCUGGAAAAAAAUUCUUAUCUUGGUGGAAGGAAUAUACAGUAUGGAAGGAUCCAUAGUCCGUUUGCCUGAAGUGAUUGCUCUUAAGAAGAAGUACAAAUCCUAUCUGUACCUUGAUGAGGCUCAUAGUAUAGGUGCCCUGGGUCCCAGUGGCCGGGGUGUAGUGGAGUAUUUUGGACUCAAUCCUGAAGAUGUGGAUGUUAUGAUGGGAACAUUCACCAAAAGCUUUGGAGCUGCUGGAGGAUACAUUGGGGGCAAGAAGGAACUGAUUGAUUACCUCAGGACAUACUCUCACAGUGCUGUGUAUGCAACAUCACUGUCACCUCCUGUUGUGGAGCAAAUCAUCACCUCAAUGAAGUGCAUUAUGGGUGAAGAUGGUACAACUGUUGGUAAGGCACGUGUACAGCAGCUAGCAGAGAACACAAGGUAUUUCAGGAGACGACUGAAAGAGAUGGGUUUUAUCAUCUAUGGAAAUGAAGAUUCUCCUGUUGUGCCUCUGAUGCUGUACAUGCCAGCAAAAAUUGGCGCAUUUGGGCGUGAGAUGCUGAAGCGGAACAUCGGUGUUGUGGUUGUGGGCUUCCCUGCCACCCCCAUCAUCGAGUCCAGAGCCAGGUUCUGUUUGUCUGCAGCUCACACCAAAGAGAUGCUUGAUACAGCUUUAAAAGAAAUCAAUGAAGUUGGGGACCUUUUGCAACUGAAAUAUUCCCGUCACCGUUUGGUACCUCUCUUGGACCGGCCAUUUGAUGAGACAACAUAUGAAGAAACAGAAGACUGAACUCCCUCCAUGUGCCUUGGUGGGAUGGACACACCCUGUGGAACACUCCGUGGCAUACAGGCCAACAGCGUCCAUGAACAACACACUUGUGACUGCUUAGCGUAAAAGACAUUUCCUCACGAUACUGAAGUGGCCACAUCAGCUCUAAAUGGCAUUUUGUAAAUAAGGAGAAGAGGAGAGGAAAGAGAAA